AUGUUACGAGUGGGUCAUGUACGUCAUCAUUUAUACCCAAUCGAAAUAUCUGAAAAUCAUGAAGCAGUAUGUCUCGUUUGGCUUGAUGCUGCUAUUAGUGACGACAAGCAUGCACAUACUAUACAAGAGAUGCUACUUGAAUUGCAUCCAGACGUUCGGCUAUAUAGUGAAGCUCGUUCGUGUUCUGAUCUGAUUAAGACACUUAAUAACCGGUAUAUUCUACUAGUUACGUCCGACGUUUUAGCUCAAGAGAUCUUACCUUCAAUUCACUUCCUUCGUUCAGUGGCUGCCAUAUUCAUCUUUUGCACCGAUGAACUAUUUCAUACAUCUCUAAAAGAUGAAUAUGCAAAAAUUGUGGAAAUCUUCAUUAAUCAAGAUUCUCUAUUAAAAUCAAUUGCGGAAACUAUAUUUCUCGUUGAAAAGCAAAUUCAUGCCUGUAGUCUGUUUGAUCAAAAGCAAAAAUCACUGCGCGAUGCACCAAGAGGAUCUGCCGCGUUUCUCUGGCAUCACUUACUUAUUUAUAUUCUUAGACAAAUACCUGCAGACGAACAAUCGAAAAAGGAUAUGAUCGAAAAAUGCACGGAUUAUUAUCGAGGCAACAGACGAGAACUAAAGAAAAUCGAUCAAUUUCGAGAAACGUACACACAUGAUGACGCUAUAAGAUGGUAUACACGAGAUUGCUUUCUCUAUAGAUUAUUGAACAAGGCUCUUCGAACGGAAAAUAUCGAGUUACUUUAUGCAUUUCGAUUCUUCAUCAUAGAUCUUUGUGAUCAGUUGAAAAUUCAACGUGAUAAAGGAAAGAAAAAGAAAAUUUUGAAAUUAUAUCGAGGUCAACGUAUGUCUAAAGACGAAUUUGGUAGACUAGAAAGAAGUAUAGGAACACUUAUUUCUACUAAUGGAUUUCUUUCGACUUCACGUGAUUUAAGUGUUUCUUUGGCUUUUGCUGGACAAGGAAUGGAAGAGACUGACGAUCGAUAUGCAGUUUUAUUUAUUAUUCAUAUUGACUCAUCAUUAAACAGUUUCGAUUUCGCUGAUGUUUAUGAUACAAGUGAAAUGCCGAGUGAAAAAGAGGUACUUAUCAGCCAUGAUGCUUCAUUCAAAAUCGAUUCUGUUCAGAAAAAUUCUGAUCUUAACAUAUGGCAAGUAAGAUUGACGGCAACAGAUGAAGGCUCAGAUCAUGUUCAAGAAUACAACUUAUUGUUUCAAGAGCUAAUGAAAGAUCAGAGUGCGGCUGUGCUUCUCGGUGCCUUUUUCUGGCGUGAUAUGGGAUAUAUUGAGCACGCAAAAAAAUAUUUCGAGACAUUACUUCAAAGUCUACCUUCCAAUCAUUCAGACGUUCCAUUUAUUUAUAACUACAUUGCUGCGUCACAUUACGAAAAAGGUGAGCUAAAUUUAGCAUUAGAAAACUAUCAGCGUGCCUAUGCGAUUCGUCAAGCGCAACUUCCGCUAAAGCAUGCUGAUAUUAUUGCUUCUCUGCAUAAUAUUGGUAAUAUUUAUUGUGAAAAAGAAGAGUUCAAUAAAGCUUACAAGUAUUAUUCUCACGCACUAACAAUUGAUAAAGACAGUCAUAAUAUUGAUUCACUAUCAAGAGCAGGUAUAUAUGAAGCUUUGGGAAAUCUUUUUCGUAAGAAGCGUGAUCUGAAUAGUGCUCUUGAUUGGUUAACUCGAGCAUACCAUAUGUACAUGAGACUUUUGCCUGCCCCACAUCCUCAUAUUGCUAGAUGUCUUGGCAACAUUGGUCUUGUUCAUGAAACAAAACGUGAUAUAGAUCUUGCUUUAAAGUGUUUCUUUGAAGAAUUUGAAAUGGAAGAACAAUGCUUGUCACCUGAUCAUCCCAAUCUUGGUCUUCAUUUAGAUUGGAUCAUUACCAUGUAUAAGAAGAAAGGUGAGUGGACGAAGAUUCUUCGAUUCUAUCAGUUAAAAUUAAAUACAACGAUACCUACAAUCAGUAUAAAUUAUUCUCAGUUUAUGUCUGUAUUACGAGCGCUGAAGGAUUUUUCUCAUGCUUCUACUCUAUAUGGCACGUACAGUGAACUGUCGUCAAUUUACAUGUUGUCACCUCCAUUCGGAAUAACUUUCACAGAAGACACAGUUGAUCAACUGAAUAUAAGUCAGUGUAUCAGAAAGCUCAGUAACUGCAGUUUCGAUAUGCAAGAAUUGGGCGAGAAUAAUACAUAUUGGUUACAUGCAUUAAAUAUUGAACGACGAGUCUACUCAACAGAUCAUCCAGAAAUCAUUCGCUCUUUGCGAUGGGUCGGUGAAAGUGAUGCGAAAACUGUGAGAAACUAUUCGGAAGCACUACGAAUGUAUUCAAAAAGCUUAAACCGUCUUACCAGAAAAACGACUUAUUCUAAAUGA